CAAAAGUAGUCACGUAAAAGCUGUCGCAGAGGACAGACGCGUUGUCGCCCGUUUCCUUGCCGGUUUUAGCCCAUAAAGGAUACGUGUGUGUUUAUUUCGGGACUAAAGUCUUGUUAAUCGCUUUUGGAUGAUUGCCGUAGACUUGUCCGGUUACGUAAAUUGUGGGAAGUGCGGUGUGUACUUGGCUCCGACUGAAACGAUGAAAGCUCAAGUUUAAUGGACUGAAGUUUUUCAAGUCCAAACAGUGAUCAAUUUCACAAGAUAACUCUAUCUAGUGUACACUGUGCACCACAUGUGCUGUAACCCCAUUUUAUAGAUAGAAACGUGGUGACUGUUUACACGAUAAACAAAGCUUCGGUCUUGUUUGUGUCGGUGUUUUUUUACUGGAAGAGAAACGACGGGAAAUGUGACCGCAGUGAUAUUAGCAUACAUAAUUUAAUGAACUUCUGAAGUUUAUUCAAUUACAAAACAAAAAAGAGGUGCUUCGAAUAAUGAAAAGGGAACUUUUGACAAAAUGAGUCGAUUAUGGUAAAAAUGCAGACCCCUCAUGGAUAGUGAGGGUAGACUGGUGUUUUGGAAAAGCGGUGUCUGGGAGGGGGGAGCGCCCACUCUUAGCUGCAACACCUGUAAGAAACGACGCGCCGACAGAAUGAGUGCCAACGAUUCGGAACGUCCCCAAGGUGAGCUGAAGAAGCUCUCUGAGGAGAGUUUGACGCGGCAGCCGGAGGAGGUGUUCGACAUCAUAUGCAAACUCGGAGAGGGCUCAUAUGGCAGUGUUUAUAAGGCGUUACACAAAGAAAGCGGGCAGGUGCUCGCGAUCAAGCAGGUCCCGGUCGACACGGACCUGCAGGAGAUCAUCAAGGAGAUCUCCAUCAUGCAGCAGUGCGACAGCCCCUACGUGGUCAAGUACUACGGCAGUUACUUCAAGAACACAGACCUAUGGGUGAGGCAUUCAGAGGUCACAAUAUGUUUAAUUGUAAUGGAAUACUGCGGCGCCGGUUCAGUCUCCGACAUCAUGAGGCUCCGUAAGAAGACGUUAUCAGAGGACGAGAUCGCCACCAUCCUGUGUGACACCCUCAAGGGUCUGGAGUACCUGCACAGGAGACGGAAGAUCCACAGAGACAUCAAGGCUGGCAAUAUCCUGUUGAACACUGAGGGUCAUGCUAAGCUCGCAGACUUCGGCGUCGCCGGUCAGUUGACGGACACAAUGGCAAAACGCAACACAGUAAUAGGCACUCCGUUCUGGAUGGCUCCGGAAGUGAUCCAGGAGAUUGGCUACGAUUGUGUGGCAGACAUCUGGUCGCUGGGUAUCACUGCGCUGGAGAUGGCUGAGGGGAAGCCACCGUACGGUGACAUACACCCCAUGAGAGCUAUCUUCAUGAUACCUACUAAACCACCUCCGUCGUUUAGAGAGCCAGACCAAUGGUCCCCAGAGUUCAUAGAUUUCGUAAGUCAGUGUUUAGUGAAGAACCCGGAGGAGCGAGCGACUGCUGAGUACCUGUUAACACAUGAGUUUAUAGGUAACGCUAAACACCCUAGUAUCCUGAGCACGAUGAUAGCUGAAGCUCGGGAGAUCAGAGAGAGUCAAGUGUUCCGGAAUGCACAGCAUCACACUAAUAAUGCCAAGACUUUCGCUGCGGGCGAAGGUUACGAGGAAGCGACGAUGAAGCAGCGUGGCGAUGGAACCCUGGUCCCCGCCAGAGACGCCACCACGGACCUGGCGGCCGACCUCGGCACCAUGGUCAUCAACGAGCCUGAUGCAGACCUCGCUACCAUGAAACGCCACGACACGGACCCGAUGGACACGAACCGUCCGAAGUACCGGCCGCUGUUCCUGGAGCACUUCGAGAAGAAGGAGGUCAACCACCUCAACAUGGCCGCCACCACCAACGGAACACUCACUCCUGCGCACCGACUAGUGCCGGAUGAAGACAGUGUAACAGCAGAAACAGAAUCCGAAGCGAACCCCGCGCUAGCGUUCCAACGCGCGUUCGUAGAGGAGGGGAACUUCGAAUUCCUGGGCUACCUAUCAGUAACGGAGCUGGAAGACCGCGUGGCGCGCCUGGACGCGGAGAUGGAGGCCGACAUCGAACGCCUGCGCGCGCGCUACCAUCGCAAGCGACAGCCCAUACUCGACGCCAUACAUCUCAAGCGUAAGCGACAACAGAACUUCUAACCAGGAAACUGAGGUGCCAAACUUCGCCCAGGACGCCAUUAAGGGGGAGACAAGAGGAGUGGGGUAAAGAUGUGUGUAGAAAGCGGUAGGAACCAUAGCCAGGUGUUUCGUGGUGGGGGUAAGUUCGCGCAUUAUAUUUUUUCUCACUUUAACUUUCAAUGGUUUCCUUUUCUUAUUCUUUCUUGAACUUAGUUCUUAGUAGACUUAACUCAAAUUACCUAAUGGCAGUACAUAUAAAAUAAUGAAAGAAUACACAACGCGCGAGCUUACUUUACCACGAAAAGUCGGACGAUGGGUCUAUGUAAGACAACCACUUAGUGAUCUCCACUGAAACUAAAGAGAGAGACUGAUAUAACAGAAUUCUAUUGGUUGUUUAAAGACACGUCUCCGCUCUACUCUUCACGUCACCUCUUUGCUGGAGCCUCGGCUUCCAACAUGUUCCUAAAUUAUUACCCUCGAUGCAUUUACUACAAGAUUCGGCCUAUAUUUUUGAAUUUUUUCUCCAAUAUAUCUUGGCCAAAUACAGUGCCAUUCGUGUGGAAUAUUCGUUGUGUGCUUUUAACGUUUGGUGCGAGAUUUAAGCCAACAAUUUUAGGCUAUCAUAAAACUUCUUUAUAACAUUUUCGUCAUAAGGAAAUUUAAUAUCAUCUUCAAGCAUUUGUAUGACUACAAAAACUACUGUAGAGUACCUUGUAUGGUACAAGAAAUUUCUAAAUUCGAUAUUGGAUCACAUUUCAUAUGUGCUACAAAAUAGAGUGCUUUUAUGUGUCAUUUGGAGUAUUGAGGGAGAUUAUUGAACAGUGAAAUUUUUGUAAUAUUGUCCUAUCACGAUCUGCGAGAUUUUUUUAUGGAAUAAGCCACUAAAUGAGCAGACGGAUCACCUGAUGGUAAGCGAUUGCCGCCGCCCGUGGACAAUUGUAACCAUGCCGUGAAUGUUUAAAUUUGCCUGAAGUUACAAAUAUUAAUCUUAAAUGACUACCAGAAGACAAGAUUCACUAGAAAAUGUCUUUGAAACAUUAUUCAACAUAUCGGUAACGGUAUCGGAUAAAACAGCGAUACUGAGCUUUUCAUUUCAGAAAAACAUAUUACGUUUCAUUUAAGUGAAACUCCGACUAUUCAUGUAUCAAAUACAUUACUUGACGAGGUGGCGAAACCCCACAUCUACGACCUAAAGUAGAACCAAAUAUUUUACGAGCUUUUGCGCCAAUUGAAAUGCUUACCAUCAGGUGAUCCGCUUGCUCGUUUACCGGCUUAUCCUCAUAAAAAACUUAAACCUUAACGUUACGUUAACUUUUUAAAUCACAUCUAUAACUAGUAUAGUGAUCUAAGUUACUGGAUAUAAUAUAAAUUACUUUAGAUAUUUUCCAAAACACGAUUAAUAUUUUUCUGUUCAAUAUUCUUUCUCACUAUUAUUCCAAAAUGACGCAGAUUUACUAAAUAAAAUCAUAAAGUGACGGUCUGAACUUGUGUCCAGUCGUCUUAGAUGUAGCGUAGCUUGUUAAUAUAGAUAGGUAGUGUAAGGUAGUCCUAACCUUAUUUGAGGAAAGGUUGCUGAGACAUAUCCGCGCGGAGCAGGUGGCGCCACCGUCGAUUAUUGACACCCGCAAGGUAUACAGACGGUGGCCUGCUCGUGUACUUUCUUUCUCAUUCGAUUGAAUUGUGUCAUGUGUAGUUAUUUUAUGCAGUUCCUUUAAGAUACUUAUGACUUGCAUUAUUUAAAAAUUUCUAGAAUCAGCUCUGUUAGAAGAUAUGUUAUCUUGAAAAUAAGACCUGGCAUUGUAAAAUAACUACACUGCUUUGUGAUAUUCGAUAGUUAAAAUACAUAAUGCAGUUACAAUUUAUAUGUAUUCUAUAGCUAGUUUAGUGAGAAAGAAAAUACAUAUCCGCCAUGUAGAAUAUUGUAUUAAAUUCAUGACAAUAUUAUUUGUAGAUAUUACUAUAAUGUAACAAAUAAUUUGAACGUGAACUGUUUCGUUUUGUUUGAUGUAUUGAGUUCGAACAGUUAUUGUUAAGUUCCUUAUGUUUUAGAUCUCAGAUGUAUCUCGCGAAACUGUAUUAUAUAUACGUAUAUAUUGUAAUUAGAGUAUAUUAUUCACUCAAUUUGUACAUUGUUUACGACUUUGUAGUGGGUUGUGAGAUGAAUUUAUUGAAAAAUGUUAUAAAUACAAGUUACAAAUGAUUUUCAAGUGGAGACAAGUGUGUAUGGGUCAGUGACCCGUACUCAGUUGUCCACACCUGGUGCUCCAUCGCUGGCAGUCCCGGGUUCCACUCCCAUAUAUUCCCGUGUGCCGUCUGAUUCUUAGUACACAGAACAUAGCAAUAUUUCUUAUAAGGAUAUUAACUCUAUGCUAGCAAGAUUUUAUGCAUUUCUACAUUGUAAUAAUGUAAAAUAAUUAGCAAAUAUUAUGAAAUAAUAGCGUUGACGAGUGAAUAUUUGAGCUGGACAUAGCUGUUUUCAUAUUAAAAUGUCUCUUUUGCCAUAAUGUAAGAGUAUCAACUUAGUGUUCAUCUUCAUCGAUUUGAAAGUUAAAUAAUACAAAAGUUUUAGAAGUGCCAUUAAAUAUAAAUAAAACAUAGUAUUUUCGUACUACAAGCAAUAGUUGUAAAUUAGAAAUCUAUAUCUUUUAUCAAUGAAUUAUAAAAAGAUCGGCGAUAUAUUUUUGUGCCAUUGAAGGUGAAAAGGUUGCGAAUAGUUUUGUGUAAUGUGGUGAUGAAUUUGUGUGCUGGCUUGCUGUCCAGGUCCCAUGGAAAACACAAUAUUAAUAUAAUGAAAACUGGCACGAUUUUGUGACAUUUUAUGAACUCCUUAAAUUACCAGACGAAAUUAUUCAACCAGUAUUACUUUUGUAACAUUUAAUGAUAAAUUGCUUGAGCAUUGUGUGUGCUAAUGAAGCGUUUUCUACCCUUUGAAAUUACACCAAUUUAGCUUUCGAUAAUUUUGCUAUUUAAUAACUUAUGCGAGUCGACAGGAUAGCAUUGAUGAAUACUGAUUAAUUUACGAUUUCAAGACUAGAGCAUAAAAUGAUAGAUAAAAUAGUAGGUGCUGCUAUCUACUACAGAAAAGUUGUUUUUAUACGGCCAGUCUCAAAAGCCAAGUCGACAAGUUUUGCUACUAAAGACGACUGUUUGGCUACUAAAAGUUAUUGAGACGAGCCAUUAGUCAAUUAACAGAAAAGUAACAAAAUAAAAUAAUCAUUUAGAUAGGUUUAAUCUGAUAUUAGGUGCACAUAGGUGCUGGAUUUUGUACAUACAUAGUUGUACCCUUAGAUUUGCGAUACAUAACCCUGUUGACUCAAUGCAACCGGCCUAGUAAAUGAAAAGAUUGGAAAAAACAUUCGUCUUUGAAUAUGUACAGGGUAAAAUUAUAUAAAUACAUACUUUAUUAUGUACUACGAAACUCGCUUGGACUGUGGUCGCUUGCUUCGUAUUUUCGGUUCGACGUUUAUGAACAAAUUCGUACAUGUAUAAUUUUUACCAAAUUUUGGAAAAUUAAUAAUGUAAUCAAUAUAAUUUUUGAAGGAGUUAUAUAUAUUUAAUUUUAAGUAUUGUAACUACAAACUUAGGUUUAUAAUAGUCUGAAUAUGGAUGACGAAAUAGCAAUACCUAAUAGUGUUGUUGAUACCAUGUGCUAUUUGACAUUCUCAUGUAAAUUGUACCUUGUUGGAAGUGUUUCACAUUUAUAUAAACGAUAUUUUGACGAAUUGGAGUCUAUAAAUCCCGCAAAAAAUAUUUUAGUAAACUUUUAAACAGUAAAAAAUGAACUUUAAAACAUUUCCAGCAAGGUCAUUUAUCGAACAAAACAGUAUAGUGUUGUUGACGAGUGUUUCGUUGAGCGUUCGUUCUAGUAAGUUAUUGUUGGAAUACGACGCCGCUUGCAUACCUACAGCGUGUGUUAAUGUGCGGCAGACACCGCGGCGCACAUCGCGAGAUUUUUUAUAAGUAAGGAAACAAACUAACGUGUCAACAGUGCCGUCUAAGUCUAAAGCUAGAUUUUACCAAGGAAAGUAGAAAUUAAAUAAUGCGUAAGUUUUGGGCACGUUACUUUGUUUUCUUAUAAGUUUUGGGAAGGUUAUUUGAUAAGAAUGUGGUGUAUUGGAAAUGAUUGUGUCCACUACACAUGGGGCGAUGUACGGCGCGGUGUGAGGCCUCUAUUGCCUUGUAUUAUAGUUUGUUAGGGUACGAUCAAAGUGCACUUUGUAAUUCUGUAGCCUGUUGACAAGUGUUGAAUAGCUGCGUACGCAUUAUAUUUUUGGACAGACAACUCACUGAAAUAAAAGAUUAAUUCAUUAUAAAA